GGUCCCUUAAUUUUGUCUUGAUAAUAUAACCGGUCACACCAUAUGAUUUUACGCACGACUUUACGCAUGAUACAUUGUAUUUAUAAAAAAAACGAAUCAUUGUAAGUUUAGUUUUUUCUAUCAAAACUUGAUAAUGGAUACAUGUAUGAAAACACUUUUACUUUUAUGUCAGUUGUCAUCUGGGAUCGGGUUUCGACCAUUUCGAAGUGGAUUUUACAUCUAGCAGGUUGUUGUGUGUUGGCAAGAGGCAACAAGAACACUGAGGGAGACCGCCGAGGCUGCAGCUGGUGCGUCUCAACAGUUCGGAUACCCAUAACAUCCUAGGCAACUGGCAGAGCAUGGAAUGGAUUUUCUUAAUCGCAGCAGUGCUGGGCUGAGGUCGGAGAUGCAGGGGAAACUUAUCGAGGAAGGUUCCGGAUUCUAUCCUGUUUCUGCGUUGAACUUCUCUUUCAUGCUUAAUGAAACGAACCAGUCCUUUGAUUUCGUGGGGGAUGGAUCCGCCGUCCUGAGAAUAAUAAUCUCUGUGAUUUACUCUGUGGUCUGUGCCUUGGGGUUGAUAGGAAACAUCCUUGUCUUAUACCUCAUGAAGUCUAAACAAGCAUGGAAAAAAUCGUCUAUUAACCUUUUCGUGACGAGUUUAGCAGUGACUGAUUUACAGUUUGUAUUAACUCUUCCCUUUUGGGCAAUAGAGAACGCUUUGGACUUCACUUGGCUUUUUGGAAAAGCCAUGUGCAAGAUAGUGUCUUACGUGACAGCGAUGAAUAUGUACGCAAGUGUGUUUUUCCUGACUGCUAUGAGUGUGGCACGGUACUGGUCUGUUGCAUCUGCCCUCAAUAGCAGGCGGCGCCGUCCGCGCUGCUGCUCCGCGCGCUUUAUGAGCAUUGCCAUAUGGGUUGCUGCUAUAUUCGCAGCUUUGCCCCAUGCGGUGUUUUCCACAACUGCGACUGUCUCCAACGAGGAACUGUGUCUUGUUAAAUUUCCAGACACUGUCGACGCACAAUUCUGGCUUGGACUUUACCAUAGCCAAAAGGUACUGAUCGGGUUUCUAAUCCCGCUGGGGAUAAUCUCCGUCUGCUACCUGCUGCUGCUGCGCUUCAUCACAUCCAAGAACGUGAACACCUCCACCGCAAAAAGACGCUCCAAAGUGACUAAAUCUGUGACUAUAGUGGUUCUGUCAUUUUUCCUCUGUUGGUUGCCCAACCAGGCACUAACGGCGUGGGGAAUUCUUAUAAAACACAACGUUGUGCAUUUUAGUUGGGAAUAUUACACCACGCAGGCAUAUGUAUUCCCAGUAUCUGUCUGUUUGGCGCACUCCAACAGCUGUUUAAACCCCAUAUUGUAUUGUCUAAUGAGAAGAGAGUUCAGAAAGGCUUUGAAAAAACUUUUUGGGCAAAUAAUGUCUCCAUCGGUGACCAACAUGAGACCGUUUACGGCAAUGACCAAGCCGGAGCAGGACGAGCACGGGCAUGCGUUGGUUCCGUUAGCCCUCUGUCCGGCAGAGCCAGCCUUGGUUUUCUAUCCACCUGGUGUUGUCAUUUACAAUGGGAGAAACGAUAUGCUCCCGAACAGUACUUAGCCUGUCCAAAUACAUUUGCCAAGCUGUCUAUUGUACCAAGUCGAUUUCAAAUUAAUGCAUUAUUUGAAUGAAUGUAUUAUUGUGUUGAUCGAUGUAUUUAUUCAAUGUAUAUUUAUAGAUGUAUUAAUUAAUUUCUAUCACCACUAUUUUGUCAAUUUUAAUCAUCAAUGAGAAGUGGUAUGCUCCGGACUGAUUGAAGCAAAGACUUGUCUAGCCAUUAUCAGAAAUGUGUUGUAGAUGCCUUUUUCACUGCCACUAAACCGUGUUACAACUGAAUAAAGGUAUUUCCCUGUUCGAAAUGUAUUUAGACGCAAAUCAUUCAUGUGUAAAACCAGCCAGUCUGUAAAUGGUAGCUUUAAUGUACAUGUGACACAUCAAAAUAAAGACCAGGAUAAUCUUAACAUUCACCUCCCUGGUAGAUUACAACACUGAUGUGGUAAAUAAAUCCUACACAUGCUCAUUAGUUUUACAUCCCUAAUGACUUGCAUUGCCUUUUUAGAAUUACUGUGCUAGAUCUAACCUGUAGGGAAUGUAUUCAGUGGGGGCAAAAUCUACUUCAGUUGUGCAAAGACAUUAUAAAUCAGUAAUUGAAAUGGGAAUGAAGUGGCCUAUUAUAACCUCUCCUCUCACAUUUAUUUGGAUUACCUGUCCUUUAACAUCUUUCAGAGUUACAUUUAGAGGUGUAGUACAGAGAUCAUCAAUAUAAUAGGAGCAAACACCAGCAGUGACAUGUCCUUUAUUCUGAGCUAAUUGCUUCUAGGAAAGAUGGCCAUGUCAGAGGUGUGCAGUGGUGAUCUGUAGAGUUGCUUAUGAAAGGUGGGGGGUUGACAGACACCUACUCACUCUCCCUGAAAGUGAAACAACGGAAAGAGCACUGCAAAGGGCACAUCAUUGACAAUAACCCUCUGUGCAUUACACAUGACAUACGGCACCUCUGUGCAUGCAUACCACAUGACAUUCUGCACAAUACAUCCCACUGGGCGCAGAUAUCAGUUCAAUGUCUAGUUUUGAUUUACAUUUAGUUGAGUUGUCAACUAAUGUGAAUUCAACAUGAAAUCAA